ACCCCAUGGGCCUUUUCAUUUGCCUUCUCAGGGUAAAAGACUGUUUUAAUUUUCUGUGUCUUUAAAAGCAGAUUGUGAGAUGUUGUAGGCGAAAUUAAGCAUCAAGUUACUCAAGUCAUUCUGAUUCGGGCUCUUCAACAAACUUGGUGUGGAAUGGAGUUUCCGGAAGAUUUCAACCAGCUCGAGCUGCUCGACACCCACGGGCACCUGAUCCCCAGAGGGCCCACGAGUUCCUGGACGGCGAGCAAGGAUGAGGAGGAGGAGGUGGACGAGGAGACGCACAGCGAGGAGUGGUAUCUGGAAAAGGAGGACGCACUCAAAGACAACCCAAAGGAGCUCGUUCUCUGGGCAGCAGAGAAUAACCGCCUCACCACCGUCCUCCGUUUGCUGGCUGCCGAUCCUCUGCUGGUGCACUGCUGCGACGAGGACGGCUACACCCCGCUGCACCGUGCGGCGUACAGCGGCCACGUUGAAGUCGUGAAGACUCUUCUGGCCGCCGGCUCUGUGGUAAAUCACCGCACGGUCGACGGCUGGACGCCCCUGCACAGCGCCUGCCGAUGGAGCCACGUCGCCGUGGCGAGUUGCCUCCUGCAACACGGCGCCCAGCUUAACGCCCAGACCAACGGUGGCCUCACACCGCUGCACUUGGCCGCCUCCCACUCAAACUCCUCCAAGCCGAACACGGCGCAUGUUUUAGAGUUCCUCCUCUCCAAGAGGAACCUGAAGCCCGGGCUCCGCAGCAGCAGCGGGGAAACGGCCGGCGAUGUGGCCCGACGCAGCGGCCCAUAUUACUUUUUGUUUGAGAUGGUAGAGGACUGCGUUAACGCGGUCCCGUCUGUUACAGCAUCUUAAUCUGACUUGUUUUUAUGUUUCUUUGAGAUAAAGAAUCUCCGCAGCAUGAUGCGAUACCUGGGGAUGGUAUGGCUAGGAUGAGGAUCAGCUGCCUCAGCUGAUGCUCUUCAUGUGGUACAAAAGUGAAAUUUUGUCACAUCUUCAACACUUUUAUUGAAUCUCUGCAGGACUUAACUUUAGACUUCUUGGUUCUUUCUUUUACCAGUGGAUCUCUUUUUUUCCACUCUUUCUAUAAAUAGCAGAUUGGUGGAGAGCACCGCAGAGCCGUGCCUUUGCCAUCAAUAGUAAGCACUACUUUUGUCAGUCUGUCGCGUAAAAUCUGAAAAAAUUCAGUUAGUUUUGAAUACAAACUGUGAAAAGACCAAGGGACAUGAACCCUUCUGUAAGGCACUGCAAGAUAUCUGAUUCAGUCAAAGUUGGGUCAGCCUGUGAAUGAACUACUUGCUUUGUUGUUGCAGCUGUAUGAUAGGUUAAGUAUGGUUAAAUGAAGCUACAAAUAAAGACUUGAAAUUGAA